GCACUAAUGCCUUGCUUUUUAAAAAAAGCACAAUCUUUUUCCUUUUCAGUCUUGUCGAGUUUAUUUGUAAUUUACGUUUAAUUUGUGUGUGCCCGUGAUGCCGCUGUACCUGCCUUAUUGUACUUGUGCAAAUGACACUAUCUCGAGUUACUAGGUUAAGUGGGCUGAUUAAAUGUUCGUGAAAGGAGAAGUGGACGGUUUAUUGGCUGCUUUCGAGAGUGGAGAUGAUUGGGCUGAUGGUGUUGUACUUGAAAUAUACUGAACACACACGUGUUGUUUCUCUAUGUCUGACAAGUACCAUUGAGGAAGUGAAGCUCACACUGGCUUUCUCGCGGCUGCAUAGAGUGUUUCGGGGCGCGGUGACUCGUUACUUUCUUUGAGCGAGGUAGCGAGUCCUUGGAUGGAAUAAAGGGAGGGAGGAUGAGCGGCCGAUGGUACCAUGAGGACAUUUCCCGCCCCAUGGCGGAGAAGCUGCUGGCCAAGGCUGCCCAGGACGGCAGCUUUCUGGUCCGUCAGAGCGAAUCGGUCGGAGGAGCGUUCGCCCUAUGUGUGCUGUAUGAAAAAUCCAUCUACACUUAUAGGAUUUUUAUAAAUGAGGACAAUUCAUUGUCCAUUCAGGCCUCUGCAGGAAUCAAGUCGAAGAAUUUUGAAAAGAUGCCCGACUUGAUUGAAUUCUACAUGCAGGAGGACAUGGGGCUGGUGACUAACCUGCGGUACCCUGUGGAGCGAGUGGAGGAGCUGGAGAGCCCUGAGAUGGAAGCAGGUGCAGCGGAUGUCACGGAAUCCCCCACUCAGACCAAGGGUGAUAUAAGCCAGUCCCUGGUCAACAAGAUACUCGCACAGCGCCUUGAAGGAGUGGAUGCAGCAACGUUGUCACUAGUUCCAGAAGGUUUUCACGAGGCCCUUCGUAACUUUGUGGAGCAGGAUGUGCUCAAGGAUGCUGAAGACGUAAAUGGUACAAACACGGAUUUGUGGCAACUAAGGCUCUUGCUCAGAUUACUCACCAAAGGUCUCAACAGUGAGCUAAUCCAGACAAUGUCGACACUUGAGACAUCACAGCGACAGUUUGACAAUCAGCCGAUACCUGGAGGAAGUGUUCAGAGCCAGAUCACCUCUGAAGCCAAUAUCAAAAAACUGCUUUCAACAGCUACAGAACUGAACACAAUGCUCUUAUCCAUGGAGAACCAGGUGAAGGAUUAUGAGCACGAAGUUUCAGACGCGGAUGUUGAAGACCCACAGUCACAAAUAUCACCGGUGACCUUUGAUGUGAAAUUGGAAAGUUUUGGAAUAUUCUUGAAACUCCAUUUGAAAGUGGAUGUAGAGCAUGGGCAACUAAUCAUCAAGAAAUCAAGGGAUGGGCCAGAGGAUAAGUUUUACAGUCACAACAAAAUUUUGCAGCUGAUCAAAUCGCAGAAGUUCCACAACAAGUUGGUGAUCGUCAUUGAUUCGGAGAUAAAGAAGACACAGCGGAAGGAGUACGUCUUCACAGACUCGAAGAAGCGGGAAGGGUUCUGCCAGCUUCUACAACUGAUGAAGAAUAAACAUUCGGAUUUUCCAGAACCAGACAUGAUCAACAUCUUCAUUGGAACCUGGAACAUGGGUAAUGCAUCUCCUCCUACGGACAUACGAUCAUGGUUCCAAUGCCGAGGCCAGGGAAAAACUCAGGAUGACACAGCUGCCGACAUUCCCCAUGACAUUUACAUCAUUGGCACUCAGGAAGAUACCCAGGGAGAGAAGGAGUGGGUGGAGCUGCUCAAAUCCACUCUGAAGGACAUCACCUAUAUAAAGUUUAAGCAUAUAUCAACACAGACCUUAUGGAACAUCCGGAUAGUUAUAUUGGCAAAACCAGAACAUGAAAACCGGAUCAGUCACAUUUCUACUAGUAGCGUCAAAACUGGAAUAGCAAAUGCUCUUGGUAAUAAAGGAGCCGUGGGCGUGUCCUUCGUGUUUAAUGGCACAUCCAUUGGAUUUAUCAACAGUCACCUAACCUCCGGAGGAGGGAAGAAGCUAAGACGAAACCAAAACUACAUCAAUAUCCUGCGUUUCGUUAACCUUGGAGACAAAAACUUGAGUCCAUUUGAUAUCACUAAUAGGUUCACACAUCUCUUCUGGCUCGGAGACUUGAACUACAGAGUUGAACUCCCAACACAGGAAGCUGAGAAUAUUGUAGAGAAGAUCAAGCAGCAGCAGUACCACGAACUGUUGGCCAAGGACCAACUGACGAUCGAGAUGAAUGACAAGAAGGUUUUCCUCCAGUUCCAAGAAGAAGAGAUUACUUUUCCUCCAACCUAUCGAUAUGAACGUGACAAGAGGGACACGUACACCUACACCAAACAGAAGGCCACAGGACUAAAGUACAACCUGCCAUCCUGGUGUGAUCGUGUGCUGUGGAAGAGUUACCCCAACGUUCAUGUAAUGUGUCAGUCAUACGGCUGCACCACGGAUAUUGUCACCAGUGAUCAUUCACCAGUGUUUGCAACCUUUGAGGUGGGCGUGUCGACACAGUUUGUUUCUAAAACCGACCCCAACAAUGCUGACUCCCCGGGCACAAUCAACUUCCUCAAGUGUGAAGCCACAUUGAAAACUAAAUCCAAGACAAAGUUCUUCAUUGAAUUCCACUCCAGCUGCUUAGAAAAUCCUGUAAAGAGUGCCGAAGGUGAGAACCAGGAGUCGAGGGAUGAGAACCUUGCUGUCAUAUGGAGUACUCCCCCUGAGUUAAUACCCAUUAUCUCUGACCCGGAGUAUUUAUUAGACCAACACAUCCUCAUCUGUGUCAAGUCUACCGAUAGCUAUGAAUCAUACGGUGAGGGCUGCAUUGCUCUGCAAGCCGGCUCCAAUGAGAUCACGUUCAACAUCCCUCUGGAGCACCGGGGGGAGGAGACGGGCAAGUUCAGCGGCUCGUACAAACUGACCAUUUCCGAGGGGAAACAGCGAGAGCGGACUUACGAUUUUAUACAGUUGGAAAAAGAUGAGAUGAUUUCAGUUAAACAAAGCAAAACAAAUACUAAUUUGGAACCUCAAAAAGCCGGGGACCGUUCGGGAUGGUUAGCCGCAAAAACCUCCUCCAAUCUGAUGGCAGAAGAGGCAGCAGCCAAGGCCCGAGUCCGAGUCCCAUUGCCAAACCUUCCAGAGAUCAGUUCCAAGGAUGAUGGCAAGCCCUCAAGACCCAAUGCGGAUCCACAUUUCAACCCUAUUGAUUGUUUCAGAUGUUAUUGUAUUUACUGGUGUAUUUAUAUUAAUUAGUUUCAUAUCAUCUGCAGUAAUUAUCAUUGUAUGUUUUGUUUCGGCUUCAAUUUGUACGUGUACUCUCUGCGCCUCACUUUCUAUUUGCAUAUAAUUGCUUUUAAUAUUUAGUUUGUAUGUGCAUUGCUUGCAUACUGUAUCAAUGUCUUGGAGCCUUUUUUCAAUGUCACCACAUUAUCAGUACUUUCAGUGGAGAAAAUGCAUCUGCUCGAGGAGACAAAAACAAGGGCUAUGAAUAUUGGGCAGUGAACAUUUAAAGCAUUAGGUAAUUUGGGAGAAUCCCCCUCACCCUGAACUUAUGUAACUUAUUACUGCAAGUUGUUGAGGAAAAUAACAACGUGGCAUUUCAUAAGAAUUGGUUAAUUUCAGGAAGGAAAACCAAAGGUGCUGCUAAUGUAGAGUGAGCAGAGACUCCUGUGAAACAUAACCACCUGCAUGAAGCAACUAGGUCAUACUACUUGAUCUGAGGAAUCUAUGCAAUUCAAUGUAUAUGUAUUGUAAGAAGAAAAAAUGUUGAAAAUGCUUAGCAGGUCAGGCAGCAUCUGUGAAGAGAGGAACAGAGCUAACCUCUUGGAUUUAUGGCCAAUGAUGGUUAUUGGCCCAAAAAGUUUUCUCUAUUUCUAUGUCCAUCUGCCCUGCUGCGUGUUCCCAGCAUUUUGGAUUCAUAUUUCAAACUUCCAGCAUGUGCAAUUUUUCGCUUUUCAUUUUUAUAUAAUAUGUAUGUUAAGUGUGUGUGUGUGUGUUAUAUUUGGAUCUCAAAGCCUUCAUUCCUGUUUGUACAUAUUUGUUUCAGUCUCCUCAUUCCCCUGUACUGUAAUAUUAUGUGCUGUACUUCUACAAUACACUUGUGUCUCAGAC